GGGUUUCUUUAAUAUGUUUGAAAUGAAAAAGUAUAAUUUAAACAAAAGUGUUUAAAUUAAAUGUUCUGAACAGCUAUGAGACUUCUCAGAUUAUUAUUAUAUAUUUAAAUAUGAAAAAAUUAUCAGGAUCUUUUAGAAAUACCCAAUGGGAUCCUUUUCUACUUAUAUUUCAAAUUUUGGCAAUGCAAACAAGUGGUUAUUUUAGUUUAGGAGUAAUUAUGGCCCUAAUGGAUAGUUUGGCAGGCUCCAAUCACACCUUGGAUCAUAUAUUUCAAUAUCACGAAAUCCAUGUAGCUGAUUUUGGGGGCAAGUUAGUAAUAUCAGCAUUUGUGCUGAAUGCUUUAUGUGGUGCUGGUUUAUUGUGGUUUGUGGUAAAAAGGACAAAACUAUGCCUUGAUUUCAGUUGUACGUGGUUCAUUAUUCAUUUGCUUAUUUGCUGGUGUUAUAAUAGUGGUUUUCCAUGGAGUAUUUCAUGGUGGCUACUACACGCAGUUUGUGUUGCUUUGAUGUGCGUGUCUGGAGAAUUUCUUUGUUUGAGAACAGAGUUAAAUGAUAUACCUCUUGGACUAUCUGCAAAAGCAGAUUUGUGA